AUGUCUACUUCUGCUGCCGCUAAUGCUACUGCACAAGGACCUGCCGGCCACACGAAGAACUUAAAUACUGCAGCGGCUAAUACGAGGUUUAGACACCGAAAAAUAUCAGUUAAACAACAAUUGCAUAUUUAUAAGCCAUCUGACCUUAAAAAUUUAGACGCCGAGGAACUUCAACAGAGAGAUGUCAUUGAUGUCGAAACAGGUGUUGAAAAGAAUGAAGAGAAAGAGGUUCAUUUACACAAAAUUUUACAGAAAAAACAAGUAACUACUGCUAAAAAAGAUUAUAUCCCAACCCCUGAUGCAUCUCAUAUAUGGAAAGGGUUUGAGCAAUUUUACCAGGGGAAAUACAAUUUUCCAAAGACUUAUAUCAAAUUUUCUGCUACAGUAGAAGAUUGUUUUGGGGCCAAUUAUUUCAUGGAUGAAAUAGACGAGAAAUUCUUAAAUGAAAAAGUUAAUUUGAAUAUCAAUGAUGAUGAUAAAGAUAAAUUUCUAACAGAAGAUGAAUUUGAACUAUUAUGCUCCAAUUUUGAAAAUAUCAUUCAUGAACGACAACCCUUUUUAUCAAUGGAUCCUGAAACUAUUUUAGCAUUUAAUGAAAUAAAACCAUCUCUUCUAAAAGCUGAUUAUAAUGAUAUAUCUUUGAAAAAAGAAUUAGCUAAAGAUAUAGGCAUUAAUGAUAGCGAUAAGAAUACAGACCCAACUGUAAUACGAACUCAAUUCGAACCAAUUAAUGAAAAAACCGUACGACCUUUGCCAGUAUUAGUAGAGAAAUUUGGUUCUAAAGUUUACGAGCAUUGGAAAAAUCGUAAAAUUCAAGCAAAUGGUAAUAAUAUUUUCCCAGAAUUAAAAUUUGAAAGACCUGACGAAAAGGAUGAUGUUAACCCUUAUGUUUGUUUCCGUAGACGUGAUGUUAGGCAUCCAAGAAAGACAAGACGUAUAGAUAUCUUAAAUAGUCAUAAAUUAAGAAUGAUCCAUAAAGCAUUAUUAAAUGCGAAAGAUUUGGCAUUGCUAGUGGCAAAACGUGAAAAUACUAAUUUAAAUCUAUUGCAAAAUGAGAAAAAAAUAUUUACUGAAAGACUCGAAUUGAAGAAAUUAAAAAGAUCUCUUAAUAUAAAAGGUGAAGAUGAUGAUUUGAUUAACCAUAAACGUAAAAAAGUACACAUCAUCACAACACAAAGGAGAGAACAAAUGGCAAGACAACAGAGAGAGGAUGAAGAAAAGAAAAUUUUGGAAGCUAAAUUAGCUGCUGAUAACGCAGCAGCGGUCGAGGAUGUUGACGAAAAAACUACAAAAAAGAAUAAAACAAAGAGUUCUAAAAAGGAAUCGUCAACCAAGGCAGCUGCCGAAAAAGUACCUAAAAUACCUGCCGAAAAGAUUCCAAAACCAAUCCCUCCUCAACCACAAACUGUCACCUCACACGUUUAUGUUAAAUUACCAAGUUCUAAAAUCCCAGAUAUUGUUUUGGAUGAUGUUGAAAACUUAUUAUUCAAUAAAGAAAGAAAUGCAAGAAAAUUUGUUCAUGAUAGAAUGGAAAAGAGAAGACUAGAAGAUAAACAUGCAUAUUUCAAUCUUACUGAUGAUCCAUAUAACCCAGUGUUUGAGAUUCACAUACCAAAGGGAGUACAAUCAUCUAACGUUCCAUUCUCUUCAAUUACAUCAUCAAAAUUCGAAAUCCCGAAAUCUUAUUACUCACCAGAUUUACACGAUUGCUUAAAUGGUAGUUCAAAAGAUAUUUAUGCUUUUAAAAGAAAUGGUGAAAAAAUUUCAAGUAAAGAAAGUUAUAAAAUUAAGAAACCAGAGAUUUAUGACCCAUUCGCAACUAAAAACAAUCAAAUUCUAACUAAGGAACAUCCUGUCAUGUUUAGAUCACGUAUUGGCCGUUGUGGGAUCAAAUAUAUUGACCGUAAAAUAAAUACCAGUGUUGCCAAUUCUAGAGAAUCUGAAGCAAUAUUCACUGAAUUUUUUGAUUUUGAUGCUAUUGAGAAACAAGAGAGUAAUUCCAAUGAUGUUAUAGAUGUCUAUGAGUCUAAAAUGGAUGAAUUAGUGAGAUCCCAUGAUCAAUGGAAGUAUGAUUCUACUUUUAAUGAGUAUGGUGCCAAGUUUUCUUCUGAACCUGCUACACUAAACCAGAUUUCCAACGAGACUCAAGUUAUUAGAUUUGGUACAAUGUUAGGUAGUAAAGCAUAUGAACAAUUACGUGAUAUAACAUUGAAAUAUCGUCAAGAAUACAUUAAUAAAUUAAGACAACAAAAAUUGAAUGCUAAAAAGCUAAAAGCAAACACGCCAUCCGUUACUAUAAGCUCGAAUGGCAAUUCAAAUAGUAUUAUUGCCCCAAAUACACAGAAAAACCAGCAGGGAUCCAAUAAAGGUGCGAAAAAUGUAUCCAAUAGUACAGAUAAUAAUUCGUCACAAAAUAAUGAUGAAAAUAAAAGUAAAGAGAAGACAAACAAUAAAACAACCUCCGACAAAACAAAUAAAAAAUCUAACACUCCAUCAAAUCCUUCUACGAUAUUACCAAGCACUAAUGACAUUGCUUCAGAUAAUAAAUCGUCUUCCCCCAGCAAAUCUAUUGGUGAUGAAUCGGUGCUAAAAUCUACUGUAAAUAAUCCUCUUUCAAGUUCUCCAUCUAAGAGAAAGAAAAGCGCUGGCACUGGGAGCAAACCAAGUUCAAAAAAGGCAUCUACAAGUUCUCCAACAAAAAGUCAAUCUAACUCUACUAAGAGUUCUCCAAAAAAAAUUCAAACCAAUCAAACAAGGGCCGGAAGCCCUACUAAGUCUAAUAAGCCAAAAACCAUUAAGGAAGAAAAAGAGAGUGAAACUAAAAGAGAUCAAAUACCUAUUUCUCCCAAAAAGACUUAG